AUGAAACCAAAUUUAUAAAUAGAAUACCAAUCUCAAACUGUUUCUCCCAUCAUCCAAAUAUUUUCACGAAUUCUAAAAGAAGAGAGAGAAAAUGAAUAUUAAGAUGAUCAUGAAGAUGAUGAUGACGAAGAGACUCCAAUUAAAAAGGCAAUAAUAAUUAUUAUAGCCUUAUGUAUUGGAUUAGUAAUACUUGGAAUACUUUCAUGUUUAAUUAGAUAUUUUUAUAUGAGACAUAAACAAAAAAGAAUAGCAUAAGUUAGACAACAGUCAGAGGCUGCUUAUUAAUAAUAGAAUAUUUAGAUAGAGUCUCUCUGUUUAUAAACUUAGGAACUAGCUUAAUGUCCAAUCUGUUUGAUGCCAAUACCUAAUUGCUAUUUGAUAAUAACCCCUUGUAAUCACUCUUUUCAUUAGGCUUGUCUCAAUUUAUGGCUGCAAGUUGAAAAAAUCUGUCCUUCCUGCAGAACUUCUCUAAAUUAAUGA